GUGCUUUCCACCACUGCAUCCGAUUAUUUUUAUUGCACUUGGUGAUGUAAGGCUUGGAUGCAGCUGAUUGCCCAUGAAAACCCAUUCCAUGAAGCUCUCUACGCACUGUUGUUGUGCUAAUCUGAUCUGAAAGCCACACGAAGUUUGCAGGUCUUUAGCUAUUGACUGUGCAGACAGUUGGUGACUUCUGCACACUGUGCUCUUCAGCAUGUGCUGACCCCGAUCUGUCAUUUUAUGUGGCUUAUUUAUUUGUGGCUAAUUGCUGUUGUUCCCAGUUGCUUCCAUUUUGUUAUAAUACCACUAACAGUUGGCUGUGGAAUAUUUAUUAGCAAGGAAAUUUCACGGAUGGACUUAUUGCACAGGUGGCAACCUAUCACAAGUACCACGCUUGAAUUCACAGAGCUCCUAAAAGCGACCCAUUCUUUCACAAAUGGUUUGUAGAAGCAGUCUGCAUGCCUAGGUGCUUGAUAUUUUACACCUGUGG